AUGGCCUACUCCUUCAAAGCUGCAUUUUUUGUCUUAGCCGCCAUUGCCAUUUCUAUGGCUAUCCCAAGCUUUGCUGCUGUUUACACUGUCGGAGACACCGCCGGUUGGUCCACUGGUGUCGAUUACAACUCCUGGACUUCCGGAAAGACCUUCGUCGUAGGCGACAUACUGAUGUUCAAUUAUGGAGGUGGGCACACAGUGGAUGAAGUGAGUGGAAGUGACUAUAAUUCUUGUACGGCCGGAAAUUCCAUUAGUAGUGAUAGCUCUGGCGCUACAGCCAUAACUCUCAAGAAGCCUGGGACUCAUUACUUCAUAUGUGGUGCAUUAGGUCACUGUAGCAACGGCAUGAAGCUCGCUGUCACGGCUGCCGACGCUGGAGGUCCCUCCCCUACAACCCCAGCUCUAGCUCCUACUGGAGAUGGAGCUCCGCCAUCCACAGCACCUGCUUCUCUUGGAGGCGUUGCUCCAACGGCAAUGCCAUCGUUUGAUUCUACUCCCAAAGAUACCGACUCCUCGUUGCUGAACUCUCCAACGACGUCCAAGGUGCCGGUGGAAGCAUCUUCUGCGACUGGUGUCUCUGCGUUUACGGCGGUGGUUAGCACUUGGGCUGCCGCUGCAGCCGCCUUGUUUGUUGCGUUUUAGAAUGCUCCCUCCAUGUGUGGUCAGGCGGGAGGCAGUGCCUUUUGUGAAAAUUCAUUUUCUUCUGUUUUUCCUCAAGCAAAAUAUAUUUUGUUGUAACUGAAGUUUGAGAUUAGCAGUCUCUUUAAUCUUUGAAGUUUCAAAAUCAACACUUUAGAUCAAUGAUUAUUAAGUACCAUCU